AUGCCUAGUACAUCAGGAAGAGUUACUAGGUCUCAGUCUAUUAAAACUAAUAGUCAAAUUACACAAAAAAAUUCCAAGGGCUCAAAAUCAGCCAAACAUUUACAUUCAUUUGCACCAAGUAAUGCAUCAUUUAAACCUCCGGAGCUAACAACCAUAACAAAACUUCCUACUUUGGCACGGGUACAAAAUAAGAAAAAAAAGAUUGAUAUAACGUUUGACCCAGUAGUGCCGGAUGUUAGCCAAACGAAAGCUUUAUUAAACUUAGAGAUAUCAAAUGGCUCAUCAACUAAAUCAGCCACUACGGCUUCAAAAGUGAUUGAUAAAUCUGUUAAAGAGGAAUAUCCUAAAACCUCAAUUCAGAAAAAAAUAUUACACAAUAGCACCUCAAAUAGUGACAUGGAGUCAUUAUCUACAAAAAUAUUUCCUAAAAGUAAAAAUAAAACUCCAAGAAAAUCCAAACGGUCUGGAUAUAAAAAACAACACACCCAAAAAUCCUAUACCAAAAAGUGA